AUGAGGGUUGAAGAGGAGAUACCGAUGGCAACGUUAGAUGAUGAAGGUGAUUUGGAAGUUCAGGGGGGUGGUCGUAAUGAGAAGGAGAAGAAAUUCCUCGGUAGAUUGAAAUUGGCCUUACUAGUGAUUAUUCCAUUGCUAGUGUUCAGUUUUACUUUUAAAGAGCUUUCGAGAGCUAAUAAACUUGGGUUUAUUACUGAACCAAUGCUCUCUACCUUCACCAAGAAGUCUGAGCAGUCCAAUGAUGAAUCAUGGAGACUGGAUACGGGGAAGAAUUAUACCAUGGAUGUUAAGUAUUGGCUGAGCGAGAAGAAACCAGCAGAAAGACAUUACUAUAUGAACAUUUCGAAGUUGGUCGAAAAGACUCCCGAUGGGAUCGCUCGUAAUUUGACUGUUGUAAAUGGUCAGUAUCCUGGUCCAUUGGUGGAGGCUAACGCAGGUGAUAAGUUGAUUAUUCAUGUUGAUAACCAGAUGGAUGAUGAACCAGUGACGAUUCACUGUCAUGGGUUGUUUUUCAGUAAGCAGAACAGUUUUCAGGAUGGUGCUGCGUAUAUGAACCAGUGUCCUAUCCCACCAAGUGGCAACUAUACUUAUGAGAUCGACUUGGAUGAUACACAAGCCGGUACUUAUUGGUACCAUUCGCAUUUCGGUGGUCAAUACGCUGAUGGGUUAUUUGGUCCAUUGGUUAUUCAUUCACAGGAAGAGUACAGUGCGAUGAAUUUAUCUUACGAUAAAGAUAUCGUGCUUAUGGUUAACGAUUACUAUCAUGAUAGCGCUUCCAACUAUUUGCCUGACUAUUUGGGUCCCGACAACGAAAAUACAGAACCAGAUCCAGAUAAUGGCUUGAUUCAAGGUCAAAAUAAGUUUGACUAUGUCGAGGCUACGUAUCUAGUUCCCAACGGUCGGAAUAUCUCGGAUGUCUCAUACACACCAGUUAACGUUUCGUUGAUCGAUUUGGAUCCCGAUUCUACUUACAGAGUGAGAUUGAUCAAUGCAGGUUUCUUUCUGACCUUUGAGUUUGAGAUUGACAGCCACAAGCUUGAAAUUGUUGAGGCAGAUGGUACUUUAGUCGAUCCUAUCGAGGUAGACUCUAUCGCAGUUUCCCUAGCAGAAAGAUAUUCCUUUAUCUUGAAACCUCAGGAUGAGAAGAAGGAUUUGGGCAACUAUUGGAUGCGUGCAAGAUUCAAUCAGUACUGCGCUAAAGUCGAGAAUGACAAUUUUAACCCUGAUGUGAGAGCCAUUGUCUCGUACAAGAACUCAGAAGAUGUAUCUAACUUGCAAGUGCCAGAUUCCAGCUGGGACAAUGGUGGUGGUGAUGUUCGUUGUAACGAAUUCGACCAAUCUUUACUACACACCGCUAACAUCACCUCUGUUCCAAUGGCUUCAAACGGUUCAAGACUACCGGAUGAAAAGAUUCAUAUGGAAAUUUCCUUUUUGAUCGGAGCCUAUCAAUUAACUCGUGGUUAUCUAAAUGGUCACACUUACGAGUCUUACAACAACGGUUCAACUAUGUACCAAUUGGCCUUUGCUGCGAACAACAACACCAUCAAGAACCUUGACGUUCAAGAUCUAGCCACAUCGAACUCCAACCAAUACAUGCUUAACUUCAACAACAAAGGAACCGUUGUCGAUUUCGUCAUCAACAACUACGAUGACGGUAACCAUCCAUUCCAUCUUCACGGUCAUAAAUUCUAUGUUCUAGCCAUCGGAAAUGCUGGCUACUUCAGCGAAGAUUACUAUAAUGAAGAUUCUGAUGUCCUAAAUUUCAAGAACCCAGUGCUUAGAGAUACUGUCAACAUUCCAGGAUACGGUUGGGGUGUUCUGCGUUUCGUUAUCGACAGUCCCGGUGUGUGGCCAUUUCACUGUCACAUCGGCUGGCACAUAGAGAGUGGGCUAAUGAUGCAAAUAAAUUCUCUGCAAAGCGAAUACAGCGAAUGGGACAAUUACCCACAACAAUGGUACGACCAUUGUCAAUAUUGGCAAGACCAACUCUAG